UAAAUCCCGAAGAUAACCGACAGAAUCCGAUCUCAAGUGACCUUAAUUGCUGCGCUGGCGCUUACGAUCUUUUCAUGAUCUGUUAGCUGUUUUCGUGAUAUCUGUGACAAUUUUUUCAUAGUCAUCAAUUCAGUUCAUUCCUGUUUCUGGAACACAACCAGUGUCAUCUCAGAACUAAGAGACGACAAGACCGCAUCAUGAGCGCAGAGGAGGUGACACCCAUUAAUCCCAAGACUCGAAGAGUCAUUCUUGCCAUCGAUGCUAGUGAACACGCUGAAAGAGCUUUUUGUUAUUACUUUGAGAAUAUUCAUCGACCCGAUAAUGAGGUCAUCUUCACCCAUAGUGCUGAAUACCCAAGAAUGCCAUUUGGCCAACAAAUUCCUACCGAACAAUGGGAACAGGAGAUAGCAAAGAAAGAGAAGGACAUGAGACAACUGGAGGAGAGUUAUACGAAGAAGUUAACAGACGCUAAGGUAGCUAACCGCAGCCGAUUUGUUUACCAUGCGAAACCUGGUGAGGCCAUCUGCCACAUAGCCCAGGAGGAAAACGCUGAUCUGAUCGUAACUGGGACACGAGGACUCGGUGCUAUUCGACGUACCGUGUUGGGGAGUGUGUCUGAUUAUGUCUUGCACCACGCGAAGGUUCCAGUACUGAUAUGUCCCCCAGCCAAGCACAAGCAUCACCAUCAUUUUAGUUUCGGUCAUCAUCAUCACCAUGACGGGAAGCAUCGUCAUCAUUCGCACGAAGACGAUGGAAAAAGAGGGCGCCACCAUUCCCAUGAAAGUCAUGACUCGAUGGAAGAGUCGCAUUAACAACUUCUGGGUGUCAUUUUCGAGUCAAGAAAUUUCGGCAGCUGGUGGGUUAAUUGGGUAGAUGUUAACCCCUUCACUACCACAGGAUUUUGAUGGGUUUUUUUUCAUUUUCGACAAAAAGUCAUUAAUGGAAUUAGGUCAAGCUUCAUGCAUCACACUCCUGGCUACACUAUCAUGUCACUCCUUUUCACAAGAAGAAUUUUCCAAUGAAUAAAGAAAAAAUCUUGACCUCUCAAACCCAACAACAAAAAACUUUUAAAAAUUGAAAUAGGAUAAACAUUUUGGUCCCAACUGAGGUUCGAUCACGCAUUCCUCAGUGUCUGGGUGACGCUCUACCCUGCCUCACUAGAAAAAUCUUUUGAAAAAAUGUCAUAUAUUUGACCUUUUUUCUUCUCAUCAUUACAUCUGAAGUUCGAUGGGAAAAUCAUGUAAAGAUAAUUCACCAGAUGGCUGGUCGAUUUUAUCUUGUCUGUAGCAUGUUAGUCUGUAGCAGCUUUCUGACACAGAUUGGAGUCAUUUGGCAAUUUUUAUCGCGGGUGUCAAUCUCAAACCGUUGCCAUAGGGAAAGGGUUAAGGGCAAUCUAUACUAAUACCAUUUCUCAGAUAUUACAUGUUAUAGCAGUUGGCACGCCAACCUUCGCGUGAUGUCUCUUCCUCUGUCUUUAUUUUAUACACAUUGACUGUGUCUUUGAUGACAACACACAGGGGCAUGCAGCCCACAUCUCCUGUCAGUGCUGAAAAUUGAAAAUAUUUCCUUGCCGCUGUGAGGCAAAAGACUCGCUAUGACAUCAUCAUGAAGUUUGGCGUUCAGACUGACAAGAUACUUUGCAGUUAGUAUUAAUGACUGAUCAAGUAUUUAUUGCAGUCAGCUUUCUAUAGUCUCUACAUGUUGUGAAUAUAGUGUUGGGUUUAAUAUUUUAUCUUUCUAAUAUCUAUGGGACAGAAUUUACCGUUUAGACCAGCACUUUUUGUGAGGGAUGCUUUUUUGAUCUGAGGAAAACUGUAAAUUCUAAAGGACUCUCCAGGUACUUUCUCAUGUUGUUGCAUUGCAUGAAUGCAAUGGUGUAUACCAUUAUGCUCUCAUAUAAAUGUCUGUGCUGUAGCUUGUAGUGUAAUGUUGCAAACAUUACAGAUAUUAUCAAGAAUUAAUAAGAACUACAAUGACAACAGUCUUAUCUGUUCUUGAUGUUAUAGAGUAGAAUCUUUUUUGAGGAUUAACCCAGGGAAUCAUUAAAAAAUGUACAACCUUUGUUGAAUUGAACUACUGGCUUAAAGAUCUGAAUUUGAUCCAAUCAUGAUGCCUAUAUUUGUGUAAGGCUGUCUAAAUGUCAAAAUGAGUGGCUUUAGUGGCCAAUUAAAUCUGCUUCAAGGUGCAUUGAGCCCAAAGUGUCACGACCCCAAACUCUGAAAUCAUCACUGUCAAACCACAACGAAAAUUUCAUGCUUUGAAGAAUGACAUCAGGUCUCUUGGACCUCGGGAGUGUCUGGGAAAAGGUUAUGAGCCGCCAAAUGUCGCCGAAUUAUCAAUUGCUUAAUACAUUUUGUUUUAUUAAGAGUGUUAAGAAUUAAUAACGACUAGUCUUAAUCAAUUCUUACUGGUGUGCACCCAAUGAUGACUAUAAUGACUUUUGGCAGAAGGCGAUUCUUGGAGCCAGACAAAAAUUUACACAUUUGGAUAAAAACUUUUUAGGAUGUACAGUUUCUUUGGUACAUUUUUGGCACCCUCUAACAUCAUUCUGCAUGUAGUCAUUCAUCCUCUUGCAAACAGGGCCUACAACACAACUUCUCCUUAGGCAUGUUUGAGGGAGUAAGUAUGUAUCGAGUGAAAUGGCCCGAUAUUGUCAGGGUGGUAGUCAUUUGAAGAAACAGACAGUUACUCUUACUACUCCUGCCCUUUUUUCAGAAUAUAUAUUUUUAAACAAUUAUUACAAUUGUAUGUGCCAUAACGUAUUUGUUCUCUUUGCUGCUGAAUCUCUGCUCCAGCUGCCAUUAAAUCUUACUUUUCACACAUGAAUUAUCACAGGAAAUGAGGAACUAUCUGAGGCCUCUGUCUCCAUUGAUACAAACAACAUGUAUACUUGCAACUGUUGCACACUGCUAUAACUGUCGAGAUAUUGCUUAGCUUUUGGGUAGAAUUACAUGCAUGUGCUGUCUAAUUUUCAUCAUGUGAGGUGUAUGACUGAUCCAACCCAGUGUAAGGUCUCGUUUUCUUCCAUGAUUAAAAAAAUUCUGCCAGAA